UAGCAUUGGAUGUAAAUUCUGAGCACUUGGCUUCACCGUAUUGUAUCAAUAAUGGAAGCCCAACUGAGAGCGUUUAAUCCCUUCAUUUUGCGUCGUCACAUACUCUGCAAAUCCACCUCACACCCUUCCCUUUCCUACCAGCGCGUCACUCACAGGGUACCCAUCUCCUCCACUCUCACCCACUCGCCGAUUCCUCCAAGUUGGGAUCCCCGCACCUUCUUCUUCUCCUCCCUCACCUCUUCCCAAAACCUCAAUUUUUCUACCCCAUCCUCCAACAAUCUCAACCCAUUUCUUUCUCACUCCCAAGGUGGUGGCUUUGUCUGGAACCCCGCUUCAGAGACCGGAAACGCCCGGCUUUACGGAGGCAAAGGCCGUGUUGCCACGGUGGUUUUGUUGGGGUGGCUUGGAGCCAGGACGAAGCACCUCAAGAGGUACGUUGAGUGGUACAAUUCGCGUGGAUUUCACGCGGUCACUUUCGUCGUGGACGCGAAGGAACUGCUUCGAUUUGACCUUGGCCAUAUACUCGAGAGCCGAAUCUCUCUGUUCGCCCACCACCUCGUUUCUUGGGUAUCUCGUCCUGAACAUGAUGGCAGAGAACGCUGUUUGCUUUUUCACACUUUCAGCAACACGGGCUGGUUUAUCUAUGGUUCCAUUCUUGGGAAAAUGCUGGGUAGCGAGGAUCUCAUGGAGAAAAUUAAGGGAUGCAUUGUUGAUUCGGGAGGGGGAGAGCCUUUUAAUCCAAAGGUCUGGGCUGCUGGCUUUUCUGCUGCUAUAUUAAAGAAACGAAGUUCUUUAGCCCAACCUGUAGUUGAGGUAGAAGACAAGCAUACAUCAGAGACUGAAGUUAACUUGUCAAAGAUUCAACAAAACGAACCUUCGACAGUUGAAAUGAUGGUCUUAUCACUAUUAGAGAAGCUAUUCUCAUUUGUUUUGCAGCUGCCAGAUGUGAAUCAGAGAUUAACAAAGAUUGUCAAUGUCCUCUCAAAACACCAGUCUUGCCCUCAGCUUUACUUGUACAGUACGGCUGACAAAGUAGUCCCAUUUCAAUCAAUAGAAGGGUUCAUUGAGGAGCAGAGGAAGAUGGGAAGGAGAGUAAGGUCCUUCAACUUCGGCUCAUCUCCCCACGUGGAUCAUUAUAGGACAUUUCCGGACGUCUAUUUAUCACAGCUUACUGAAUUCUUGAAUGAAUGUUUUGCUGUAAGCCAAACGAUCACUAACAACUCUUAAGUGACCCUUAGAAGUGCAUUGUAUUAGUUUUCCGAGAGGACAAGCCAUUCACUCUCACAAGGUCAGGGAGGGAAAUGAGUAGCGGCUUUGAUAAUACAUUAACUUGCAGACAGUAUUAGAAUAAUUCUUUUGAUGAUUGUUACAAAGAUUAAAUGACUAAGAGAUAUUGAACAUGGCCUAAUGGUGAGGCAUUAGGUGCUACUCUUGUUAGAUUGAUCAAGAAGUCUGUCUACAUGAAGCCAAAAUUGCCUGCCCCGACUUCAAGCAUAUUGCUUCACAUAUGUCGCUUCUAGGUGAGGGCUGUGCAUUAGUUUGGACCAACUUAAACACAAUAUCAAACCAAUGAUGUUGGUUUGGUUUUGUUUAUAUUUUUGAGAUUUGAAAUUGAAUGCCCAAUUAUUUGAAUC